AUGGCGGCCGGCCGAUGGCGCAGGGUCCCGGCACGGACACGGCCCCGAUUCAGCGCGCGGCCGUUUGUGGUGUCGACGGCCGUAGUGCUGACGCUGGCUGCGGUCCAUGGGCUCGGAAGGAUGUUCGCCUCGGACAGCCGCCUGAUUCAGCCCCUGACCAGACGACUGGUCGAGACUGACACGACACCCUGCCGCAUGGUGCAUCAGGCGGCCGACCAGUGUGCUUUUGUGCGGGCGCACUGCCACGACGAGACGGCCGGGCUGCUGCCGUACCUCUCGCUCUACUACUGCACGCUGAACCGGGCGCUGCAGCCGGCUGGUUUUGCCAUCCUAGUCGUCUGGCUCGGACUGCUCUUUACGACGAUCGGCAUCGCGGCCAGCGACUUCUUUUCAGUCAAUCUCGGCACCAUUUCUGGGCUGCUCGGCCUCAGCGAGAGCCUCGCCGGCGUGACGUUUCUCGCCUUGGGCAACGGAUCGCCCGACGUGUUCAGCACCUUUGCCGCCAUGGGGUCCAAUAGCGGCAGCAUGGCCGUCGGCGAGCUCAUCGGGGCGGCCAGCUUCAUCACGGCCGUCGUGGCUGGGUCCAUGGCUCUCGUGCGCGAGUUUCGCGUCAGCCGCUAUACGUUUGUGCGCGACAUCUGCUUCUUCAUCGCUGCCGUCGCCUUUGCCAUCGUCUUUCUCGCCGAUGGCCGCCUGCUCCUUUGGGAGUGUUGCACCAUGAUCGCCUUUUACCUCUUCUACGUCGUCACCGUCGUCGGCUGGCAUUGGGUCGUCAAGCGCCGCAAGCGUCGCCGUGUUCGCGAGGCCCUGCUGCGGGAUGGCGCAAGCCCUGAGUCUGGUGAAUCCUAUCGGGACGAGUCAGAGGGCGAGAACAACGGCAUGAACACCAGCACGAACAACAGUACCAACACCCCCCCAAUGUCACCUCGCGACGUCAACGAACGCGGUCCGCGCAUCGAGAUCAACAGCGUGGCCGCUCCACUAGAAGAGAGCCUCGAUGCUCACCAACACCAACAUCACCACCACACCCACAGCCACCAUCAUCACCACCUUGACGACGACGACGACGAGCGCAACCGCCACAUCAACGCCGAGAUGACCAGCAGCAUGCGUGUCAAUCGUCCGCGCGGCCGUCGCAGCACUACCGUUACGCCCAUCCGGCCGAGUCUUCUGGGCGCCCUCGAGUUCCGGUCCGUGCUGUCGUCGCUGCAGCGCUCCGGCACCGUCCAUCUGGCGCCCAUCGACCGUCGCCGAGCAUCGGCCCAGGCCGGCAUCCCCACCGGCGGCAGUGGCUACGGCUUCGGCGUCUCUGCUCAUCACGCUAGCGGUAGCAGCAGCGCCAUCCUGCCCACUCGACGCAGCUUUCUCGAGCCGCCCUUUUCGUUUGCCGGAAGCGGUCGAGGCCGUGCUCUUUCUUCUGGCGACGUGCCACGCAGCUUCCAGCCGGCCUCAACGGCUGACGACAUGAUUGGCCAGCAGACAUAUGCCAUCGACGGUUCUUCUGCCUCUGCUUCGGCUUCGGCUUCGGCUUCGACAUCGGCCUCGCCUUCGAUCACCGUGUCCGCUUCGGUGUCGCCGGAAAACAGCAGCGAGACAGAUGCGCCUCCACUCGUGUUGCCAGAGCCUUCGGCGAGCAGCAGCAGCCAGGCUUACCCGCGACCCGGCCUCCCCAGUCUGCACCUACACAUUCCCACCACCACCAGCCAUCAUAACCACGGCUCUCCACGAUCGUCCCCGUCGUUGUCGCCGUUUCCCGGCUACGCUGACUCGCCCAGCAUGCUCUCACCCACUCGGCCGUCACGCAGGUCCAGCUUCGGCCUCUCGACGCCCGUCUCUGAACACUACCACGCCCACCACCACGCCCACGGCCACUCGUCCUACUUCCCCGUCCAGGCGCCGAGCGACGUUGACGACUCCAACAGCCAGCGCACCGUGCUGCCGAAGCCGCUGCGCUGGUGGCCCUACGGCGUGCUGCCACCGCCGCACAUCAUCCUCUGCACACUCUUCCCGACGCUGCAGCGAUGGCGCGAGAAGAGCGUGUGGGACAAGUUUGUCAGCCUCAUAUCCGUGCCGACCGUCUUUCUGCUGGUCAUCACGCUGCCGGUCGUCGAGAUGGAGGAAGAGCUGGAGGGCGAGGGGGAGGACGAGGACGAGGACGAAGCCGAGGCUGAGGCUGACGACGACAUUGAGCGCCGGGGCCAGCAGGACAGCCACAGCUCGCCCUACCGAGACGACGUGCGCAGCCUGUCGGACGCUGGAAGCCCAGCCUUGGUCGUGCCCGAGGAGACCGAGUGGCAGCGCUAUCGGCGGAGCACCAGCGUGAGCUACGUGCGGCGGCCGAGCCGCGAGCUGGCACUGCCACCACCGAUCCUGCAGACGGCCGAAGAGCUCGAGCAGGACGCGGCCGGGUCGUCGUCGCCGGGCGAGCAGACGGUGCCGAUGGCGGGGGGGAUGGGAGGGAUGACUAAGCCUCAAAUUGGAACAGGAUUGGUAGGAUUGCUGACUAAGCCACAAACCGCGGCGUCUGUGGAGCAGGACAGCGUCGACGGCGGCUCGGUGGCGACGAACAAGGCGACGGCAGCAGAAGAAGAAGCAGAGGCAGCAGAGUCGUCGACAGGUACGUGGAACCGCUGGCUGGUGGCAGUGCAGCUGUUUGCGGGACCGCAGUUCACGGUGUUGGUGGUAUGGGCGAACACGGAGGACGACAGCGGCGGGCUGCCAUGGAUGAUGCUGGCAGCGCUGGUGACGUCGCUGGGCAUGCUGGGGCUGCUGCUGUGGCGGACGACGGCGGAGGAGCGGCCGCGGCGGCACGCGCUACUCUGCUUCCUGGGUUUUGUGAUCAGCGUGGCCUGGAUCUCGACGGUGGCCGGCGAGGUGGUUGGGGUGCUCAAGGCGUUUGGCGUCGUGGCCGGCAUCUCGGAAGCGGUGCUGGGCCUAACUAUCUUUGCGGUGGGCAACUCGCUGGGCGACCUGGUGGCCGACAUCACCGUCGCCCGGCUCGGCUAUCCGGUCAUGGCGCUCUCGGCCUGUUUUGGCGGCCCGAUGCUGAAUAUCUUGCUGGGCGUCGGCAUCGGCGGCGCCUGGAUGACGACGCGGUCAGCCACGACCACAAACGCUGGCAUGGCCACUCGCACGCACGCUCACACGGAUGCCUACGAGAUCGAGGUGGGUGAGUCGCUGAUGGUAUCGGCCAUCACGGUUCUCGUCACGCUCGUCACGCUGCUGGUGGUCGUGCCGGCCAACGGCUGGAUGAUGAGCCGGCGCAUCGGCAUUGUGCUGAUCUGCAUGUGGGUCGUCAGCACGACCGUCAACGUGGCCACGGAGGUGGCCGGAGGGUGGGCGAAAACAUGA